AAAUGUCCAUAUGGUAUUUAAUAUAAGUUUUAGCCUGUCUUUUAUUUAUAAGUUUCUCACUUUCAGGAUAUCAUUGCGCACUUUGUUUCAUGAAUGAGUAACUUGCCCUAGUUUAACCUACAUUACAUAAUUUUGCAAGCUGUCAUGUAUUAUCUAACGGUCUUGGACAUUAGUUCAUUAGUGCUUGGUUAUUGUCAUUAAAUGAACUUUGAACGUCCAGGCAAUAGCCUACUCGUUUAAGAGAGUCAUAUAACACCGCAACGCAAUAGAAAAUUUUGAGAAAAAUGUCAAAGCAAAAUGAAUUUCAUGUCGUCACCCCACUUCUCGAGAGCACGGGCAUGUCUAAGCGGAUCGGGACCACCGUGUAUCUGAAGAUGGAGAGCUCACAACCCACCGGUUCCUUCAAAAUCCGUGGAAUAGGAUACAUGUGUCAAAAUGUUGCAAAUUCAAACAAGUCAAAAGGUGUCAUCUGUUCUUCAGGUGGUAAUGCUGGUAUGGCCACAGCAUAUGCAGCAAGAAAGCUCAACCUGCCAGCCACCAUUGUUUUGCCCUCAUCGACUCCUCAACUGGUAGCUCAGAAACUUAAGGACCAGGGCGCUACGGUCAAAGUUGUGGGCAAGGUAUGGGAUGAUGCAAAUGCUGAGGCCCUACGUUUGGCUGAAAGUGAAGGUCUUACUGUAAUACACCCGUUCAAUCAUCCUCUAGUCUGGAAAGGUCAUUCCAGUAUUGUGCAUGAACUCAAGGCCUCAUUGCCAUCCAAACCUGGAGCUAUAGUGGUGUCCGUUGGGGGUGGAGGUCUGUUUUGUGGGAUAAUAGAAGGUCUGGAUGAGGUGGGCUGGGGAGAUGCGCCUGUCCUGUGUAUGGAGACUGUGGGUGCCGACUGUCUCAAUGUUGCUUGGAAAGCCAGAGAUCUGGUUACACUGCCUGACAUUACAAGUGAAGCAACAUGUUUGGGAGCAAAAACAGCAUGCCAGCAAGCGUUUGAGUACAGCAAACGGCCCAAUGUCAUUUCAGAGGUGGUGACAGAUCUUCAGGCCCUGGAGGCAGUGGAACUGUUCCUGGAUGAGGAGCGUGUUUUGGUGGAGUUGGCCUGCGGAGCGUCAUUGGCUGCAGUGUACAGCGGUGUCAUCCAGAGGCUACAGGAAGAGGGACGCCUUCCUAAACCACUCGACUCGCUGGUAAUGAUCGUGUGUGGAGGUGGCAGCGUGAACCUGGCUCAGCUGCAGCAUCUACAGGCAGUCAUACGGAAAUGACCACAUCUGUAGAUUCUCACAUCUGAGAUAAAUGGUCAAAGCAUCUGCUUUGAGUUGCGCUGACAUGUUGUGUUGCGUAAAUCAAAAGAUAAUAUGGAUAAUCUACUGUAUUUUAAACAGCUGAGAGCAAACUUUCUAUCAGAGAAGUCUGUUUUGAGCAAACAUCCAGAACUAGUCAAAAUCUUAAGAUUUUCUGUAACACCUUGUUUUAGUGAAAUGGUGUAAUAAAAUCAUUUAUCUCCUCAGAAUCUUGUCACUUACCAUCUGUAACCAGCAAGUGGUGCUAAUGUCUGUCGUUUUGAUAUUGUGUUCACACUACAAUAAUUAGCCUAAACAAUAAAGUAUGACCAAUGUUUUUUAGGACAGUAGUAACUUUAAAAUUAAAUUGUUAACUUGAAUCAGCUGUAUAUAUCUUUGCAUGAUAAUUACAUGGCUACAUAAUAAAAUAGAUUAAUAUAAAAUAAUACGUUUUAUUAUCUAAGACAGAGACAUUAAACUAUUACCUGUGUGUAAAAGUUAAAGUGACAUGCAGAAAAUAAAUUUAUCAUGUUCGCUUGAAAACUU